ACAAGGUAUUUGUAUAUUAAAAUUACGUUCCUAAGUUAUUACACUGUUGCCUUGCAUAAGCAAGAUCAUGUAAUUCACUAACAUUGUUGCUACUGACCUUAAUAAUAUUACAUAACUAGAACGUAUUUAUUAAAGUACGAAAAUUCGCAAUAACUUGCUAUGCCUCUAAAGGAAUUCGUGUUUGAGUGGUGGAUAGUAGUUCAGGAUCUGUGUGAACUUGAACUAUCCGUAAGCCGAGUGCUGAUGAUUCCUGCAAUGCAAGCAAACAAGUCAUAGCCUUGGUUUAAUUUGUGUACUUAUUUUUUAUUAGUAACAUUAACUCCAACUAUAAUAUCUUUUGAAAAAAUCACCCUACCUACAACCCAACAAAAAAGAACACUCUCUUCCAAGUGUAAUGGCCUCUUUUUCCAAAGCCCAAUGUUAUGGUUUUCCUGGUCACAAAAUGGGUUCAAUCCGAUAUUCUUCUGCUUCACAGCCAUCCAUCCCUUCACCACCUUAUCCAAUUUCUUUCAUUUCCCUCCAUACAGAGUCUCAUUCUACCCUUUCUUUAUUCCUGUAUCCAAUCAAAAUUUGAGUCCUCUGCAUCAAUCCCACCCCCCCAAACAGGAAAUUUAGUCAGGAAGCAAUGGCAACCAUAUCUCAAGCCACCAUGAUCACUGCAGCCAUUGCUGGAUCAGGAAAAGCUUCCAUGCCCAGAACCAGAGUGAACUACAUUAGUGGGUUGAACUCAUUUGGAGGACUUAAGGCUCAAAACAAUGUUGUUUCAUUAGGCCUUCCUGUAAGUACUGAACACUGUUUUGCCAAGAUUGUUAGCUCCGUGAAUGAUCCAUCACUAAACAAGAAAGGCAGAGGUGGUGGUGGAGCUCUGUCUUCAACCUGCAGUGCUGCUAUUUCGGAGAUUUUCAGGAUUGCUGCCAUCAUUCCAGGCCUAGUUCUAGUUGGAGUUGCAGUAGGUUUUGUUCUUCUCCGAAUUGAGGCAACUGUGGAGGAGUCUGAAUAAGAGAGAGACCCAAAAAAGGGCUUGCCUUUUUUUUAGUAUAUUAUGUUCUUGAUUAAGGGUUACGUUGUUAUUGUAAAAUUUUUUCCUCAUCUGCUGGAUGUAGAAUUGUUUUGAUAUUGAUAUAUGAACCCAAUUUGCAAAACUAGUUUCAUUCAGAUUCUUGUUGUUUUGUCUGAAAACUUACUAUACUAUCUUCCCUAACUCUAGUUUGAGGAAUUCACAAUGUACAGAAGCAUAUCUCACUGUAUAAUUCUUUUCAUCAGAAGUCCUCUCACAUACAACACAACAAAGAUUGUAGCUUGGAUCCUUGGAAAUUACAGCCUAAAUUAAGUCUUUAUUGCAUUAUCUAUGUGCUGUAAUUGCUCAAAGUAUUUGACUAUACCUGCUUGAAGGUAUGAGAGAUUUCGAGACGAAGAAUCACUGUCACUGGUAUCCUCCAUAUGCUUAUUUGCUGGAUGUCACAGGUAAAAGACCAUAUCCCAGUGUAUAGUAGCAUUAACCAGAAUUCUUAUUGCAUACAAUGAAACCAAAAUUGCACAUGAGAUCUCAGGAAGUUACUAGCUAAACUGUGACUCUAUUGCCUUAUGGAAGUUUCAAAUAGUGGAGCUAGCACUGCUGUGUUUAUCUUUCUUAUCUGGGUCUAAUUGUAUGAAUCAUUUGUAAUUUACCUGAUUGAAGAUCCACAUUACCGUUUCUUAAUGACUUUAGAUAGACUACGGUAUGAGAAACUUUGAAGAUGAAUCAUUGCUGCUCCUCUUGUAAGGUAUUUUCCACCUUUUAUGCCAAUAGAUUGAUACUUCUGGUAUAACAGGAUCACCUGGAGAUUCUGAAUAUGCUUCUUGCUCCACUGUUAAAGGCAGCCAUACAUAUCUCGAGUCUCGCAAGUCCUCUGGCUUCCAACGAUCAGCCAAAAAAACAAAUGUGCCAGGAGGUGCUCCUGGCAUAGGAAGCACAAAUGUACUCUGAGAAAAGAAUGUAGCAUCUCGGAAAAUUUUGUUUGCUCCAACACAAGGAUUCCCGAGAACUUCCCACGGUCCCAUGAUUGAUUCGGCCACAUGAACCAGCGCCUCAUUAGGUGCCCAACCAGUGCAGCCUGAUGUGAUCAUGUAGUACAUUGCGCGGUGCUUAAACACUGCAGGGGCUUCCCUGUGCUUUCCUACUAAGAUCUUCACCACAUUUGUAACGUGAAGAUAAUCUCGACUUAGCUGACUUACAUGCAUAUCUAAGUUGUGCAAUGAAUCAUAAAACAGAUAAGCUGUGCCAUCGUCGUCCUUGAAUACUGUCAUAUCCCUGCUAUCGAAUCCAUGAGGAUUCAUGCUGUAUAGAUAACUAAACGGACCAGUUGGAGAGCCGCUAAUAGCAACCCCAACGGCGGCUUUGUUGUAAUAUCCAUUAUCAAUAUGCAUCCACAUUACAUACUUACCUGUUUCCUCAUUGUAAAUCACUUUAGGCCUCUCCAGAACAUUGGUCUUGUAUAGAUCAUGAUUCUUGUUGGUUUCCUCCGCUUUGAGUACAAUGCCCUCAUUCUUCCAAGUCCACAGAUCAUUGGAAGAAUAGCAACCAACUCCAACAAUGUCAACCCUGGGAAGGUCUUUUAUGAGACCAGCUUUGGUGGGACCAUUCUUGUUUUCCCCGUACCAAUAGUACUUUCUUGAUAUCUUAUCAUACAGAAUUCCACCUCCAUGAGCUUGGAUUGGAUUCCCAUCCAAGUCCAGCCAUAUUCUUCCUGGAUAGUAAUAGAACUGAUCAUUCCCCUUCCUCGGAUCGAUAGCAUUUGUAGCGUCAGGAAAUAUAAACGUCCUGAUUUCUGAAUCCUUGUCAAGAAACUUCUGCAACAAGUUUGCACCACCAUCAGUGGCUAGGCCGGUUGAUGAGAAUGUAGGAAACUUCAGUUCCUCCUCUGAUGCAAGAUCAACAUCGUCGUUGUGAUCAUGAUUAUUGGGAAAUUCGCUAGUUUCAUCAGGCAAGAAUACCAAGGAUUGAUUAAUCAUGAAGAGUAAAUGAAUGCAGUAUAGGCAUCCCAUAAAGCCAAACACUGAAACAGACCACAGGCAUCUGUUUCUGGAUGACGAGAUUCGCUUCAUGAUCUACAUUGUUGUCUCCAUUGCUGAUGGUUCUGUAUUAACUACAUCCAGAUUUCAGAUUGGAAUGGUAGAGAUGACAUACAGCUGAAACAGUUGCACAAUUUCUGCCAUUUUCUUUAGUACUAAUGUGGGCAUUACAAAGCCUUGAAUCUUUACAGAAGGAUAACAUGCUUUUUUGGUAUCUUGGUAAGCAGAUUACGGAAAGUAAAUUUCAUGAAUCUCGAGAUGUGAAUCUCCACUUCUACCUAAUCUCUGAAGUCAAUUCAGGAAGUUCUUUGAUAUUUACUAACCUUAAUUUGUCUGCUAAUAGUGUUAAUCUUACUGUUCAUUUUCCUUUGUUUAUUAUUUGUCUUUGAUACGCAAUUUUCAUCAACUUGAAGCGCCAAGUGACUAUGACAGUGAAGUGAAUAUCAUAAUUGCCUAAAUAGAUGAUGAAUAUUUCCCCACUUUGAGACCACUCGCUUUGCAGCAUUUAAGUCUCUUCAAU